AUGGAAGCCGCUACGGCUGCUGGUGUCGGGUCGUGGCUGCGUGGGAUAGGGCUGCCACAGCUCGUGGAAACGUUCGAGCAAGCCAAGUAUGACGAUCUAGAGAUCGUCAAGGAGCUGAAGAGCGAGGAUCUACUGGAAUUGGGGAUCACUGAGGCGGGUGUGAGGAAAAAGCUGCUGGUGCAUGCGUCGCGCCUGGGUUCUGGCGGUGGAGAACAAACGCCCUACUCGCCCAAGGCCAGUUACGUACAGUGGUUGCCGCAGGCCUGGCACAGCGACAUCAAAAUCAUGAACGAUGGCCUACACGGCCACAUGCACAUGCCCACCUAUUGCGUAGAAUUCAUCGACACCCCUCAGUUCCAGCGCCUGCGCGACCUCAAGCAGCUGGGCACCUCUUACUACGUGUUCCCGGGCGCCUCGCACAACCGCUUCGAGCACUGCCUGGGCACCAGCCACCUGGCCGGGCAAUUGGUGGAGCGGUUCGCCAAGCUGCAACCCGAGCUGGACAUCACAGAGAGGGACAUACGCGUGGUGAGGCUUGCCGGCCUUUGCCACGAUCUGGGACACGGCGCCUUCUCUCACGCCUUUGAAGACUGGGUCCGGGCUCGAACUGGUAACGCCGCGUGGACCCACGAGGACAUGUCGCAGCGCAUGGUGGAGUACCUGAUAGACGACAACCACCUGGACUACUCGCGCCGGGACGUGCAAUUCCUGUUGAGCCUCAUCAGUGGCGAACGGCCCGGCUCCAGCGCGGAAAAGGGCUUCCUUUACGAAAUCGUCAGCAACAAAAGGAACAGCAUCGACGUGGACAAGUUUGACUACAUCGCCAGGGACAGCAAGCACGUCGGCAUGCAGAGCGGCUUCGACCACGAGCGCCUCAUCAGCCUGUCGCGAGUCAUCAACGACGAGAUCUGCUUCUACGAGAAGGCCGAUUUCCAGGUCUACGAGCUCUUCCGCACGCGCUACUCUCUCUUCAAGCAGGUCUACUCACACCGCGUGUCCAAGGGGAUCGAAUACAUGGUCGGUGACGCGAUGACCUUGGCUGAUGACUACCUGGGCAUUUCGCAAAGCGUCAGCGACAUCCGCCAGUACUCGCUUUUGACCGAUUCCAUCCUCCGCACCAUUCAGUGCUCGACUGCACCGGAGUUGGCCGAAGCGAGAGACAUUGUGCGGAUGAUCGGCCGCCGCGACGUGUACAAGUGCGUCUAUCCCUCGGACAUCAUCACGUGCCAGCCCAGCGGGGACCACGAUCUGCAAGAGAGCGACAUCAUAGUACAUAACUUCAAAAUUAACUACGCGAUGGCCGACAAGAAUCCGGUGGACCACGUGCACUUUUUCGCCAAGGCCGAGCCGGAAGUGUCGUUCACCAUCCCCAGGGAGCAGGUGAGCAUGCUUCUCCCCGAGGUCUUUUCCGAGCAGUACGUGCGGGUCUACUGCCGGCGGAAGGAGAAGGCGCACCAGGCGCACCUGGCGUUCCAGAGCUAUCUGCGGCAGUUCGGCUGCUCGGUGGCCCUUCGCUCGCCCUUUCGCGCGACGAAGCCGACCAGCACUUCGCCGCGAAGCAGCGCCGACAGCAACAAGUCCAGUGCCCGCAACCUCUUUGGGGUCCACGACCAAUAA